AUGGCCAAGAACAAGGCUUCCAAGCCUUCCAGGUCUCGACCCGUCUCCACCUCGGAACUCAACCAGCCUCUUCUCCCUUGGUCGGGCUCGGUGAACGCAUCUACAGCUUCUUGUUCCUUCUCUCCAGCUCCGGAUCAUACACUUUUUGCACACAUCAGCAAUCAGGUCCACCAGCAGCGUUUGCGUAUCUACAAUGCUUCGGCCUCGGCAGCCUCGAGUUCGCAGCUCGUCACUGACUUUCUUCUGGCGUCGCUGGGUGGAGCAGAGUGCCUCUCGUCGCACUGGAUUCGUUUCUCAUCACAGCCUUCGAAAUCGGCCAAGCGAAGAAAGCACGGUGCAGAGGCCAGCGAAGAUUCGAACGGUUCCGGCUCGACUCAGCUGCUCUUGGCUCUUGGUCUAAGCUCGGGUGAGGUGCACCUGCUCAGCCCUGCCCUUGCUCAAUCUGUUGCGAUUCUCGAUGGAUCCUCGGCCUCGGGAAGCAGUACCGCUUCCGCAGCAAAUGCAGGAAUCGUGUCCAUGGCCUACUCGGAAGCGAACAAGACGCUCUUCGCCUGCUCGAAAAAUGGCUGGGUCUCUUCCUUUGCCCUUGCCGAUGUCAAGCUGGGUGAUCAGCCAAACGCUCUUCGUCCCUUUUCGUCCUUCCGCCCGGACAACAAAUCGGCGGUUCAGCUCCUGUCUUCGCGACGUGAUCUCGUUCUGUCUGCGCAUCACAGCAUCAGCUUGACAGACACUUCUCAGUCGAACAAUGCGGUUCGUGCUACUUUCACCGGACACGCUUCCCCCGUCACACAUCUCGAGUGGAUUGAUGAUCACUCUUUCGUCUCAGCCGCUGAAGGCGAUCGUAUGAUCAGCGCAUGGACGUACGACACAAAAGCGGCAAAAGCCGUCGCAGGCCGUGCUUUUGCUACUGCUGCGCUAGACGGUCCCGUACGAGCUUUGGCGGUGAGCACCUCUUCUGCCCAACAAGGACGCACCCUGAUCACCAUUGUCACGCAGACCGGAAGCGUACGCAUCUACGGUUUACCAGCGGAUUCGAAUACGGAUGCAUCGCCAACAAAGAAAAAGUCGGCUGCUCUGCCUUCGCUCGAGCUGUUGGCUCAGUCAUCAACCGAGGGCAGCGCAUCAUCCGUUCAAUGGAUCGAUGCUAGGCUCGUUUCGGACAAGCUUCGUUUGGCACGAUUGAUCCGUGGCGCCAAAGUUUCGAUUGAAGAGAGCACUGUAGUCAGUGGCAAAGACGCACAAUUGCAACAGACGCUGCAACUGCCGAGAGUCGGUGGCAAGAACGGCUCCACCACUGGUGGCUUGCUCGUUACCGACUCGGACGAGGCGCAGUUAACAGGAGGCGCUGGAGAGACGCAGAGGUACGCCGAUGCUCCAGUGAGACCACAAGAUAUGGAAGAUGCCGUCCUCUCGGCAGGUCUCGAAGACGGCGGGCUUGUACCAGCCAGUUCGGCGCGCGGCGCCGAUAUGGAGCCUACGCUGGCGCAAAGGUUGAAAGAGCUUGGAUUCGGCGAUCCGUCACUGGCGGGGCAAGAAGCCGACCAAGACGAUGCCGACGUGCCGACCAAAAAACAAGAGUCGUUGAUGAACGAAGCUUCUUUGGCAUCUUCGCUCUCGCAGGCUCUGCACUCUGCUGACACGAGCCUUUUGACCAGCUGUCUCAACCACAACGACGCCAUUCUCAUCCGCAACACGGUGCGCAAGAUCUCGGGUCCACUUGCAGUUAAGUUGUUGGAAGAGUGUGUCAACCGACUCAACGGUGUUGGCGGACACCACGUGAGCAAAGGUAGCAUGGGAAGUCAAAAAGCGCGAGGCCUGAUCGAGUGGGUACGCGCAACGCUACUCAACCACAUGGGAUAUCUCAUGUCGCUACCCAACCUGGUGAGCCGCCUUUCUGGACUGCACGGUACGCUCACCACACGCCUCGCUACACAUGAGAGGUUGCUAGCGCUCAACGGUCGACUCGAACUGGUGCUCUCCCAGAUCGAAGCGAGAGCUGCGUACGUAUCGCAGGCCAGCAACAACGCAGUUCGCGUUCAAGGUGUCAAGUUCGGCAAGAAGUCGCAGGGCGAUGCUGUGCCGAACACCAGUACGGUUGACAAGGAGAGAAGGAAAGGCAAGAAGUGGAUCGAGGAGUCGGAUGACUCGGAUUCGGAUAUGGCUGUCGACGACGCUGAUGGAGUGUUGGUACGUGGAGGCGAGGACGAGGAUGGCGAUGUGCAAGACAUUGCACUUGGAACCAAUGACAGCGAUGACGAGGACGAUGAUGAGGAUAGUGAUGACGACAGUCCGGUUCGUCGUCGUCGACACGUCAAGAAUGGUCGCAUGUCGGAUGGUAACACGUCUGCUGAUUCGGAUGGUGCUGACGAUGAUGAAGAUGAGGACGACAUCGGGGACAUGGAGGAAGACGAGGUCGAGGAUGAAGAAGAAGAGGACGACGAGGAGGACGAUGACGACGAUGACGACGAUGACGACGAUGACGAUGAUGACGACGAGGAGGAGCUGCCAGAUGAGAGCGCCAUCCAAAAAGAGGGCGCGAGUGCCCUGGGGGGCGACGACGCCCCCUAA